AUGCAAAUAGUCUACACCUUGACCAAAGCCGUUGCAUUGGCUAUUAAGGCAGAAACUCAAUUAGACAGAUUGAAGUCUACGGUCGUAGCAAGAAAUUCCUUUUAUCCUAAUCGUGUUGCAGUAAACAAAGGAAAAGCCCCAAUAACUCAGCCACCUUUGUCUAACACCACUCGCGGGACAAGUAGCGAUAGAGGUCCAACAAAGCCAGCCAACGCUAUUCCGCACCUCGUAAUCCUUAUGCUUGUCCGGGGUCUGAUAAAUGCUAUAGAUGCAGACAGCCAGGGCACUGUUCCAACCAGUGUCCUAAAAAGG